AGCGUGGACAGAGGGUGUUCCACAUUUAUGUUGAUAACCAUAUGGUUGAACCUCAUGGAGACAUAAUCAAAUGGACUGGAGAAAUUGGGGUUGCAACAUACAAUGACUACAUUUAUGUGGUCGAAGGAGAUAGAAUGGAUGGUAAACGCAACAUCCUCACAUCUCUAUGUCCUAUUGGUUCCAAUCAUGAUGAUGAGUCGAAUCUUGAAGCAACAGAUGUUAUUUUGAAAGGUCUGGAGAUUUUCAAGCUAAGCAACCCUGAUUAUAACCUAGCAUCAACUAAUCCAUUGGUUUCUUCACCCCUCGCUCAAACUGCUAAACCUUCUAAAGUACGCAAGUCCUUGUACAUAUCAGCCGGUGGUAAUAAUAUUGCAACAUUUAUUGUCUUAAUAUUAACAACUUUGAGUGUAGUUUUUUACCAAUUGCGAACUCGGAAAGAAGACUGUCACAAACAAAUGAUCUUUCCGAUGCAAUAUGAGGGAUCUUGUCGAAGUUUUUCAUUAGCUGAAGUCCAGUUUGCAACAAAGAAUUUCGACAGUGAUUUGGUGAUUGGAAAAGGAGGGUUUGGAAAGGUUUAUAAAGGGUGUAUUGACAGUGGAACAAAUAUAGUUGCCAUGAAACGAUUGCAUUCCAGUUCUAAGCAAGGGGCUACAGAGUUUUGGACUGAGAUUGAGAUGCUAUCUGAGCUUAGAAAUAACAAUCUUGUUACUCUGAUUGGAUAUUGUAAUGAAGGAUCAGAAAUGAUCCUAGUAUACAAGUAUAUGGAAUGUGGAACACUUGCUGAUCAUCUCUAUAAGAACAAUCAACAAGGCAUUGCUAGUGCAUCCCCUUUGUCGUGGGAGCAGAGGCUCAAAAUAUGCAUUGAUGCUGCUCGAGGUCUAGAGUACCUUCAUAAUUGUAAUGAUUGGGGCAUUAUUCAUCGCGAUGUUAAGAGCACUAAUAUAUUAUUAGACCAGAAUUUGGUAGCAAAGAUUUCAGAUUUUGGUUUGUCCAAAAUGGUUCCGACAAGCCAUUCUCUCACACACAUUAGCACGUCUGUCAAAGGAACUUUUGGUUAUCUAGACCCUGAGUAUUUCUUAACACGCCGACUAACCAAGAAAUCUGACGUGUAUGCAUUUGGUGUAGUCUUAUGGGAAGUCUUGUGUGGGAGACCUGCAAUAGACACAAAUGCUGAGGGGCCAGAACACAGUUUGGCUUUAUGGUCUCAAUAUUGUUUCAAUGAAGGAAUGGUUGAUGAAAUCAUAGAACCCACAUUGAAGGGACAAAUGUCAGCAACCUGCUUGAAGAUAUUUACACAAGUCGCAAACCUUUGCUUAAAGAAUGAUCCAACUGAACGUCCUUCAAUGGCAGGCGUGGUGGAAAAACUUGAACUUGCAUUGGUGUCAACGAAUCAAAUGGUGAAUAAAGGUACAGAUUCUACUACUGUGUUGGCAGACAGCGAUGGGGCAGUGCCAAGGAAUCAAAUGGUGAAUGAUGGGGAAGUGCCAAGGAAACAAAUGGGGAAUGAUGGGGCAAUGACAGUGAGGCAAUUGGUGUAUCAAGACACGAAAUCAACUAUGAAAAAUGAUAAGACCCUCCAUGAGCUAGACACCCUCCCGGCCAGGAUUAACUUUAAGACUGAGAUGGCUAAAGAGACCGGGAAGGUGAAGAAGACUGAUGUAGAGGUUAGCGAAGAACUCAUUGCAGCUUGGAAGAAGUUUAUUCUCGAAAGGAAGAAGACUUGUGGUGUUUGCUAAAAGGAGUGAUAUUGGUUAUGAAGUAUCUACUUUAUAUAUUAUUGACAUGAGUUACUGUUUGGCUUCCCCUGAUCUGUUCUUUGAUAUAAUUAAGGGGUUGUCCCUAAUUAAGCUAAAGGAUGAGUAAACUAAAGUUUUCUAUAUUUUUUGGAUAUAAUCAUAUAGCAAUCCUAGGAGAUAGUUUGUUUGAUGUUA